AUUUUACUUUUUAUUUUUAAAUGAAUCAGGCGAAGUACGAGUCUCACACUGAUCGGAACUGAGUUUAUCUAUGGCAGCAGCCGUCACUACCAGAGCUAUAGCCAUGGCUGCCACCAGCUGCAGCUCCAGUUUGAUAACCAAAAGCCCAUUACUGGUGAGGCACAAGCUUCUUGCUCAGAAUGCCCUCAACCUUUGUCGUUCCACUUCUAAGAAAUCUUACACCUGCAGCGCCAUCUACAACCCCGACGUUCUCGUCAAGGAGGAAGGCCAACCUCAGACCCUCGAUUAUAGGGUUUUCUUCCUUAACAAAUCUGGCAAGAAGGUUUCUCCUUGGCAUGAUAUUCCAUUGCGAUUAGGUGAUGGUGUCUUCAGUUAUAUUGUUGAAAUACCAAAAGAAUCUAAUGCAAAGAUGGAGGUCGCAACUGAUGAGCUAUAUACUCCCAUAAAGCAGGAUACCAAAAAGGGAAAGCUUCGAUAUUACCCCUAUAAUAUACAUUGGAACUAUGGCUUACUUCCUCAAACCUGGGAAGACCCAUCUUUUUCCAACUCCGAUGUUGAAGGAGCAUUUGGAGAUAAUGAUCCAGUUGAUGUAGUUGAGAUUGGUGAACAACGGAGACAGAUAGGUGAGGUUCUGAAGGUCAAACCCUUGGCUGCAUUAGCCAUGAUUGACGAGGGAGAACUUGAUUGGAAAAUAGUUGCAAUCUCAUUAGAUGAUCCAAAAGCUUCUCUUGUGAAUGAUGUUGAUGAUGUUGAGAAGCAUUUUCCUGGCACACUCACUGCUAUUAGGGACUGGUUCAGGGACUACAAGAUACCCGAUGGAAAGCCUGCUAAUAAAUUUGGUCUUGGCAACAAGGCAGCGAAUAAGGAUUAUGCGCUUAAGGUAAUCGAAGAGACUAAUGAGUCAUGGACUAAACUUAUCAAGAGAUCAAUUCCUGCAGGAGAGCUGUCAUUGGUGUAAAUGCAUCGGGGGAUAGUAGUUAUUCAGUUACAUUCUAUACAGUUCGAUGUAUGAGUUUGCAAUGCAAGCAUUUCUAUUUAGCGUCCCCUUUAUAUCUGUUUGAUAUCAAAUGCCGUUUUCACCAGGCGUUUGUUCAAUAUCAACCAUCUAAUGUAUUCUACAUUUUUCUUUUUGCCAUACUGUAUUAAUUUUUUGAAUUCUAGUGAAUAAGAUAA